AUGAAUGUAUAUUUUGUCCUAAUCAAUGUCUUGCUUUUCUUUUUAGGGACGGCAAACGUCUCGCUGUCGGUGGUCUUCAGCUUUUCGACGUAUUUACUUUUCUCCGUCAAGUUGUUCCACUUUCCAUUGUACUUUGGAUUAAUGUGCUUUACUUUAGAAAUUGCACUUGACGUGUUUCACUUCACGCGUCGUUCGCUGGAGAAUGUGCAAAACGGGUAUAAAAUCAAGAUGGUAUCUAUUGGGCGUUGUUCUGUUAUUGUCAUGACAUUUGGUGUCUCAUUGAUUUUGUUUUGUGUAUUGAUGGCAAGACUUUGGGAAGGGAUUUACACCAUUGUUGUGAGGUUACAUGCCGUUUUUAUUGUCUUACCUUUACUCGCAAUAGGUUCAAAUGUAUUGUCCCAUUUCAUUUCGACGAAAAUUAACAUCUCACAGUUGGCGCCGCAGUUCAACAGCGUUUUCAAGAAAGAGAUGUUCAUUAAAUAUGUCAUGAAAAACGACGAGCCAAAUCCCGUUGAGGAAAAGUUUUGGAUGACGCACAACUACAAGUGGAAAGACAUGGUGAAUGAGUGGGUGGAAUGGGGUUCCAAGAAAAGCGAAGAAAACUUUGGGAAGAAGGGGAAAGCGCUGUAUGACCAUUUACUCCUUUUUGAAAAGUAUGUCAAAAUGAAGUACGAGAAAAUUACCCCCGUCGAUCAGAUCAUUCUUUCAGACUUGACACAAGAGAAGGUGGGUGAUGGUUCUACGUUCAUGAAACAGGAGAAUGAGAUUGACUUGACCGUGUUAUUAAAAAGUGUCACAAAAAGGGGGUUUUACGAAAAGGAGAGUCUGAGUGCGAUGAACGCUCUAUUCAAACGCGACGAGAUUAAAGUCUCAGAUUGCGUCGACGCAUUUUCCGAGAUCAGCACAACAAAGGAAUUGCUCAAAAGAAAAGUCUGUGAUGAAGAGAAUAUUGCAGCAGUUAUUUCGCGAAUAUCAAACAUUUUUGCUGUUCUCAUUUCGUUGGUUGUGUUAUGUCUGGCCUUUGGUCUACCACUUGUUGACAACUUGAUGCCCGUGUGCACGUUCUUCUUAGGUUUUUCGUUUAUAUUUGGGGAUUAUUUGAGGAGGAUGUGGGAGAGUCUCGUGUUGGUAUUGUUUUUGAGACCAUUUGAUAUUGGAGACAGAAUAUCGGUUGGGUCAGACGAUGUUGUUAUCGUCGACGCGAUAAAUGUACUCAACACAAUCACACACGAACCAAAUGGAAAGCAAGUAUUCAUACCAAACGACUACAUUUACAAAAACGUUGUCAAACAGCACAAACGAGCACCAUUCUACACUGUCGAGCUGUACAUAGACAUCAACUUGGACACUGAUCUCGGAAAAGUCGAUAAUGUAAAAAAGGCACUUGAAGAAUUUGUAAAGAUAAACACUGAAUUUGAGUGGUCGCAAUGCCCUUUCUUUGACUUGUACGACCUAAAACCAAACAAUAAGGCGCAGGUCAUUGUUUGGAUUGAAAUUUACGAUAUUUCAUACAACGACCCCACUAAAUUUAUUGAGGCGAGAAAACUCAUCAUCAUGGAAAUCAUGCGAGAAAUGCUGAAGAACAAUAUCGAGUUUUCAAUCAACGAACAACCACUUGACGUAAAAAUCCGCCCGCCACUACCCGAUUUAAUACCUCAAACGCAAGUCAAAAUAUGA